AAGCAACAUUCUAUUAUGGUCAGAAAGACAAUAUCUGAUUUUCACAUACCUAAUAAUACUAAAACUUUAAAUUCAAAAUCAUUAACGAGACAAUUGUUAAGAAUGCUUAGUGAUUCACCCUACUAUAACCUAAAAAAUAAUAUUGAUUAUAAAUAUUACAAUGGUAGGUCAAAUGAUGAUAAUUCUAAUAGUUUUGACGAUAAAAUACUAGUAAAUGAAAUUCAUUCUAAAUCUAAUCAAAAAAAAACUAUUCCCCAUGAUGAGGUGCAUGACAUAAUUCCAAAUAAUGUUGAUAUGGAAAUAACCAAUAUGUCUGAGAAAUCUUGCAUUAAAUCACAAUCAUUUAUAAAUAAAUACAAAUAUAAUAGACUUUCAACAAAUGAUAAUACACCAUUUUUUUUGAAAAGCCUCAAUAGUGAGCCUCUAUAUAAAGGGAAUGAUGAUAAAUCUUUAAAUAAUAUUAACAAUGAGAUUUUGCUCAAUGAUACAUCUUCUAUAAAGGAAGAUAACACACAUUAUCAAUCAAUCACAGAACAAUAUGAUUUUCCUUUAAUUAUUAGCAAAUUAGAAACUGAUAACAAUUUGAGAAAAAAAUUCUUUGAAUCAAUAAAACAAUCAACAAUUAUCAGUCAUGAAAUUAAAAAAUAUUUUAAUUGUGAAAAUGAUAACAUGUAUUCUCCUAUUAAAAGAUAUAAUAUUCCAAUGCAAUUUAAAAAUUCAUUCUUAUUUCCUCAAAAUCAAAAGAAAACAAGUUUUCUAGACAUAUUUCAUUUUGAUACAUCACAGCAUUUGGCAUUAACUUCUGAUAACAAAGCUGGUUCCUCAGCUACUGAAGAAAUCAAACCUUUACCAUAUUCCUCAUUUAAACAGUUCACUUUAAAUUCAAGUGGUGUUGAUAUGGAGUCAUCUAACAACUUAUCUCAGUGUAAUAACAGGGAUUUAAACAUCCGCGACUAUUUAGAAGAUGUUAAUGAUAGCCAAAAAUUGCCCAACAUCAGUAACGAUAACCAUAUCCAAAUUCGCGAUGAAGAUAAUCAAUCUAUCCUAUCAACCAAUUCAAAAUAUUCAGAAACUACACCCUCUACUACUUCCUCUAAUCUACCCUCAACAUCUGAUUCAUUUCGAAAUUCCUCUUCUAUCAUAGAAGAGGAAUUGAACAAGCAAAUAGCAGCCCUAUCACUUAACCAGAAAAAGAUCGAUUUGACCCUUUUCAAAUGUCAACUCGACUCCAGAUCUUGGCGUGGUUCCUUGCUCCCUCUAUCCUCCAUGGACUCGGAUCACAAGCUCAAAUUACUUGCUACAUCCGUUCAGCGCCGCUACGACAGAGCCUUAUCUAGUUUGAGUCGAUUCACUCCCCAACUCUUUGACGAAUUACUGGACGACGAUUUGGUUUACCUCAGGGAUUCUACCAAAGAUAGGAAAGACUUACCCAUAGAAAAUUAUCCCAAUCUAACUAUGGAAGAUAAAAAACGCAUAGAGUCGCUACUGUAUCAAGGUUCCAAAAAUGACAUAGUAAUUCAAGCUUUUAGGAUUGACGUGAAACGGUCGGAUUUGCAUACCCUCGAUCACAUCAAUUGGCUUAAUGAUGAGAUAAUAAACUUUUACCUCAACAUGAUCACCGAAAGAAGCGAGAAAUCAUCUAAUUCUAGCACAGACGACGAAACAGAUAAAGGCUCGACGACAACCCUUUACCCGUCUUGUUUCAAUUUUAACACAUUUUUCUUCACGCAAUUUACGAAUAAAGGUUACGCCUCUGUUAAACGAUGGACCAAAAAGGUGGAUAUCUUUAGUAAGGAACUUAUUCUCAUGCCGGUACACAUAGGCGCUCAUUGGUGUAUGGCGAUCAUCGAUAUGAAAAUGAAGGUCAUCAUUUACUUUGAUUCUCUAUAUUCGGAUCCCCAUGAAUACUACCUUCAGAUGCUGCUAAAUUAUUUGGAAGAAGAAAGCAUGGACAAAAGAAAAAAAGCGUUUGACACUACGAAUUGGAAAUUGAUAAAUGCUCAAAAUGUACCCCAACAAAACAACGGUAGCGAUUGUGGAGUUUUUGCUCUUAAAUACGCCGAAUUUAUAUCCCGGAGAGAAAAUUUUACUUUCACUCAAGCUAGUAUGCCCUACUUUAGAAGAAGAAUGAUACUCGAAAUUUCAAAUAACCGUUUAUCACCGACUGAGAUUAUUUAAAUUAUUUGUACAUUAAAUGUUUCUAUUCGCGGAUUUGUUUUUUUAUAAUGUGUAUUAUAUAUUUAUGUUAUACCUUUUGUACAUAAUAAUUAAAUUUAAGUCAGUAAAUUUUUUUUUUUGGAAAUAAAAUGCGAUAAUGAUCAUCGA